AUGGCGUCUGUGGCGCCUUACAAUCCCCUUGCCACAGGGGACGUCCUGGAGAUGCAAUGGAUCUUCAUGCGCACGGCCCUCGAUUUCCUGUUCUUCGGCGAGUGUAUACAGGCAGCAUUGUUCGUUGCUGCUGGCUCUGCUCUAGCGCAUCAUGAACGACGUUCUCGGUGGCUCACAUCGGCGAUCGUCACUCUCUUCAUCUCAUCGACGAUAGCCGUAGUCGCCACCGACAGAUAUUACCUGCUUCAAGUCCCGCCGUAUGUCAUCGUCCCAAACGAUCCGGCGAACCUGGUAACACGCCUCAACAUAGUCUCAACUCUGGCAUGGCGGUACAAUUACCUCGUGAGCGACGCGAUCGUGAUAUGGAGAGCAUGGGUUCUGUGGCCAGAUAACCUUCUCGUGAAGAUCAUCCUGCUAUCAGGGAUGUGCGGCAGCAUAGCUGGCAUCGUCCUCGAAUAUGUCUGGUCCCUACACACCGUCGAAUCGACGAUAAAAUCACUCGCCUUGACUAUUCCCGAAGUUUACAUCAACCUUUCCGCUACGAUCCUGGUUGGCAUACAAGCCUGGUCCUAUCAGCGCAACAUAAAGCCGAGCUUCAGUCCCUGGACGAGGAUGACGCAAGUCCAGAGGGUGCUACUUCUACUCGUCGAAUCUGGUUUUCUCUAUGUGCUCAUAUGGGCGUUCUUCCUUAUCAUCAUACUCUUGGAGCUUCCUAGUUUCCCUUACUUCAUCAUCGGAUCCAUUUACCACGACAUCGCGGGCAUCUACCCGACCUUUAUCAUCCUCGUCGUCGGCUUGCAACGCUCAGCCACAGAGACCUUGCUCGACCCUCAGGCUUCGCACACUAUCCAUUUUGCGAACGCCGACCCGCAGGCUCUUGCUGUUGACGAGGCGACGGCGCAGGAUAUCACCACCGACGUCGGCAUAGUCAGCGAGUGGUCACCGUCGUCUCAGUCGACGCGCUUCUCGGAGACCGGUCAAGACGCAACGAGGAAGGGAUGGUGCGAGGAGGAGAUAGUCAUGACGCCGAUGACUUCCAGUAGCCAGCGCAGCCACUAG